GUUGUUUACUUCUGCUGAAGGUGUGUUUUCCCACUGCAAAGCAGAGCAUGAAUUCAAUGUCUGUGAUGUGAUCCAGAAACAUGGACUUGAUUUUUAUGGAUACAUUAAACUAAUAAACUUUGUUAGAUUAAAGAAACCAACAGGACCAUAUCUGAGUUCUCUCAGCAGGCCACUGCCCUGGGAAGGAAAAGAAUAUUUGAAACCAGAGCUAGAAGAUGAUCUUCUCCUUCAGUUUGAUAUAGAAGAUCUUUGUGAACCUGAAAACGUGUUGCCUUCUAAUGACUUAAAUGAUAACACAAUGCUCCUUGAAAAAUUAAAACACGCAGAACACAGAGCAAGACUUGCAGAAGCAGCCUUGGCUGUUGCACAAGAGGAUCUUCAAAAAAUGAAGCGAUUCACACAGGAUUUUGUGAUGAAUGCAGAUGUCGGGAGCAGCUCAUCAUCCAGCGCCAUUGCAGACCUUCAGGAGGAUGAGGAUGGUGUUUACUUCAGCUCCUAUGGGCAUUAUGGGAUACACGAAGAGAUGCUAAAGGAUAAAGUGCGUACAGAAAGCUAUCGUGACUUCAUCUACCAGAACCCACAUAUCUUCAAGGACAAGGUGAUUUUGGAUGUUGGCUGUGGAACUGGAAUACUCUCCAUGUUUGCCGCCAAGGCAGGUGCAAAGAAAGUGAUUGGAGUUGACCAAUCUGAAAUCAUCUAUCAGGCCAUGGACAUCAUUAGAUUAAAUAAACUUGAAAAUAUCAUUACAUUAGUCAAAGGAAGAGUCGAAGAAGUAGAUCUGCCUUUGGAAAAAGUGGAUGUGAUAAUAUCUGAAUGGAUGGGUUAUUUCCUUCUCUUUGAGUCAAUGCUGGAUUCUGUCAUCUAUGCAAAGGACAAGUACCUGGCAGAGGGAGGCUCAGUUUAUCCUGACAUGUGCACCCUUAGUCUAGUAGCUGUUGGAGAUACGAAAAAACAUGCGGACAAGCUACUUUUCUGGGAAGAUGUAUAUGGCUUUGAUAUGUCUUGCAUGAAGAAGGCUGUAAUUCCAGAAGCUGUUGUGGAAGUGCUGGAUCCAAACACACUGAUAUCUACAGCUAGUGUCAUUAAGCAUAUUGACUGUAAUACUGCAUCUACUCCAGACUUGGAAUUCUCUUCAGAUUUCACCCUGACCAUCACAACGAGCACAAAGUGUACAGCAAUUGCUGGGUAUUUUGAUAUCUUUUUUGAGAAGAACUGUCAAAAUAAGGUCUUGUUUUCAACUGGUCCCCAGUGUACCACAACGCACUGGAAACAGACAGUUUUUCUCCUGGAGAAACCAAUUCCUGUAGAAGCAGGAGAAGCCCUGAGAGGAAAGAUAACAGUCCGCAAGAACAGAAAGGAUCCACGGUCCCUCUUUAUAACCCUCUCCAUGAAGGACACACAGCAGACCUACAGCCUUCAGUGA